CAUUCCCAGCCAUUGGAUCGUGAUUUUUUUUUAUUUAUAAAAAGCUGCUUAAUAAGACGUCAUCUGUCUUAAAAGUGCAUAGACCAAGAAAAUGUCUUUUGUGGUAAAAAUGAACGGAGCCGUGAACGAUGGCAUCCACAGCAAUGGAAUGAACGGGAAUGAUGUGCAUCAUUUGAGCGUCCGGACUCAUGUGAGUGUUAACCCAGCCAAACUGAAGAGCAACCGGUCGAGAUGGAACGUCAGACCCUCAGAGAUGUCCAAGAAAACACUCAACCCCAUCCGAGCCAUAGUGGACGGGAUGAAACUCACUCCCAACCCUGAGAAACCCAUGAUUGCUCUAUCUAUUGGUGACCCUACUGUGUUUGGCAACUUGCCAACAGAUGACACUGUUUUGCAGGCAAUAAAGGAGGCCAUUGACUCACACAAAUUCAAUGGCUAUGCUCCUUCAGUUGGUUACCAAAAGAGCAGAGACGCUGUUGCAAACUUCUACAGCUGUCCAGAAGCUCCACUGGAAGGCAAAGAUGUGAUCUUAGCCAGUGGAUGUAGCCAGGCUAUAGAGUUGGCCAUCAGCGUGUUGUGUAACCCAGGGGACAAUAUCUUAAUUCCAUGCCCUGGAUUCUCCCUCUAUAAGACACUGGCAGUGUCUAUGGGCAUCCAAGUGAAGCACUACAAUCUUCUGCCGGAGAAGUCCUGGAUGAUUGAUCUUCAGCACUUGGAGAGCCUGAUUGAUGAUAAAACAGCCUGCAUGAUCAUCAACAACCCAUCCAAUCCGUGUGGCUCAGUGUUCUCCAAAGAUCACCAGCAAAAGAUCCUUUCCGUGGCGUCAAGAAACUGCAUCCCUAUCCUUGCUGAUGAGAUCUAUGGAGACAUGGUUUUCUCUGGGUGUGAUUUUCAGUCUUUGGCACCUCUUAGCAUUGACGUCCCCAUCCUAUCCUGUGGAGGUCUUGCCAAGCGCUGGUUAGUGCCUGGCUGGAGGAUGGGCUGGAUCCUCAUCCAUGAUCGUAACAAUAUAUUUGGAACCGGAAUUCGAGAGGGUCUUGUGAAACUAAGCCAACGCAUUUUAGGACCCUGUACUGUGGUUCAGGGAGCAUUAGAAAGCAUUUUGAAUGAAACGCCACCAGAGUUCUACCAAAGCACCAUCAGUUUCCUCAAGUCAAACUCUGAGAUAUGUUUCUCAGAGUUGUCAACUGUUCCCGGGCUGAAUCCUGUGAUGCCAUCAGGAGCCAUGUACAUUAUGGUGGGUAUCGCGAUUGAACACUUCCCAGAAUUCCAGAAUGACGUGGAGUUCACUGAACGGCUGGUCACUGAGCAAUCUGUGUUCUGUUUGCCUGCUACGGCAUUUGAAUAUCCAAACUACUUCCGAAUUGUAGUAACAGUCCCAGAGGACAUGAUGAUUGAGGCAUGUAUGCGGAUCAGGGAAUUCUGCUCACGUCAUUACCGACCUCGGAGCCAAGACAGUCACGAACUAGACCAGUGAAAGAGACAAAGAAUGAAAGGUCAAAAGAGGAUAAGAAAGGUCAAAAGAAAAGUGGUGUUCAAAAGUGCAAAAUGAAUGAAAUUGUUAAAAGAGAGGACACCGUUAUGUGCAUUACAUGUGGCAAUUGAAUAUUUUUCUUUUCAGGAAACCCAAAGUUCUAUGCAAGCAACAUAUUUAUAUUUUUUAUAUGUGCUAAUAUUACACAGGGAAGGGGUGGGAGAAUAGGUGGUUUGGGGGUUAUUGUAUAAAUAUUUUUCCAUCGUUAUGAAAUAUUUUAGUCUCUAUUAUUACACUGUAAAAGACAUUGUGGUUUGGGAAGGCUUGUGAACCAUACAAACCAUAAGUAAUUUUGUAACUUGCAUGAUGUGAAGUAUUUAUCCUAUAUGUGAUGUUUUAGUAAUACAACAUUUGUAGUGUAUAUGUUUAAUUUGCAUGCUCAACCACUCAGAGUCAAAAUUACAUAUAUGGAACAUAUAUGACGUCUAAUGUUCUUUAAUUUUUUUUCCAAUUGUUAAACCUCAAUUUUUUUUAAAUAAAGUUGUAUCUCAAAAGUUA